AUGUCAGUUCAAGGAGAAGAAAGAAGAAUUACUCGUGUUUGGCUACUCGUGCAAAUUGUUCAGGGACGAUGACAGAGCCCUACAAGUUGAUCAAGGAAAGCACCUCAUACCAUGGAUGGGGGAUGAAACUUUGAAAAUCGACAGGUUCGAUACGUUUUUUUUUCUAUAAGACUGUUAAUGUGCGCUAAUAAUUCAAAGUAAUUUCAAUUAAGAAAAUAUUAAUUUUUUGGAAGAGCCAUAGUAUUUCACAGAAAAGAUGCGCAAGUAUCGGCGUCUUAUCGAAGAUGAAGUAUUUUGCAGCCAGCAAAGCGGCUUCAAAUUAGUUACGGUGACAUCCACCAGUGGUAUGAUGCAAGGGGAGCUCUUCAUGAUCUCUCUGCAUUAGAGGCUCCACCAGGUGGCUUCGAUUGGAGAUUGGAACUCAAAAAGUCUGAGUAUGAAGUGGAACAAUUGUGUGAUGAAGAGAGAUACAGAGCAUUGCAUACAGAUGAAGAUGAAGAGGAAAUGUAUAAAGAGGAAGAACUGAAGAGGCUCCAUGCUGCAGGCUAUGGUCAAGUCGGCUUCAACUAUGAAACAUCUGAGCAGAAUGUCGUAGAAACACCAGCAGCUGAAGUUGAAGAACCUUUCCUUCCGUCAGAGGAAUUCAAGGCUCUCCUACCCAAUGAUAUGGUUUAUCCGGAGUCCAUCAAGCAAAAUGCUAUUAUAGAGAAGACUGCAAUGUUCAUUGCAUCCCAAGGUGCUCAAAUGGAGAUACUUAUAAAAGCAAAACAGGGUGAAAAUCCACAGUUCAAAUUUCUAAACAAAGAAUCACCGUUAAACAUAUAUUAUAUGGCACUCAUUGCAUUGGUGAAAUCUGGGAAAUGGCCCGAGAAGAAACAGGAAAUUGUUGAUGACAAACCGAACGAGCAUGAUGAAUACUUGCAUCCAAGUUUAGCCGCAACAAUAAUUGAAUCAGCACCAUCAAUACCAAGCAUACAUUACAAACCGUCUGCCGAUUGCGACUACACUCUUUUGAUAUCCAAGAUGAGAGGUGAAGCGGCCACAGAUGAGGCCUACAGUGCAGAGCUGGCACCUGGGGAAGUGGCCCCUCCAGGAACCGAACCACUCCCACCAAGGAACCCUGCUGAGAUAACCCGGGCACCUGUUAUGUAUAAUCAGACUGAACAAGCCGUUAACAUGAUGGAGUACAACCAAUAUGCUGCAUAUUACAAGCAAUACAUGAGCCAAACAAUAGUGCAAGCCCAGCAGGUGGUGGAACCAAGUAACAAGCCCCCAAGUAUGGCCCCCUCCAAGUCUACCGGACUCAGUCUAAUGAAGAACUAUAAUACUGAUAGUGACAGUGACCUGUCAGAUUUCGACGACACCUCUUCAGAGGAGAACAAGCGCAAGCCCGUAAUUGCAAUACCGCCCGAUGACGUCAAACUCGUGAUCGACAAGAUGGCGGCGUACGUGGCACGUAAUGGCGACGAGUUCGCCGACAUCGUGCGUGCGAAGAAUGACCCGCGUUUCACGUUCCUGGACCCGGGAAACGUGUACCAUCCGUUUUAUAAAAAACUAAUGCAGGAAAAGAGAGGGGUGAAUGUAAAUGGAAUGGAUAAAUCUGUUAGUAAUACAACUCCUGUGUCGUUUUCAAUUAAAAAGUUAAAAGAGCCAGAUCCAAUAUUGCCGAAACCUGCUCUACCUUACGAGUCCAGUUCUGAUGAUGAUGAGAAAAAAGACGCGACUGAAACUGAGUCACAAGAAGAUAAGACAAACAUUCCCAAUGUAUCACACAUGAAUACUGAAAUCAGUCAUAUUCCCCCAGUAGUAGUGUACAAAAUGGAAAGUGCUCUGGAAAAUCAAAAAAAUGACUUGCCAACAGUAAGAGCUACUGAACAAAAGGUGAAAACAGAACCGAAAGUAGUAAUGCAAGAAACUACUGAAGUAAAAGAGAGGAUCAAAGUUGAAAUGAAACCAGUAGCUUUUGCACAAAUUGUUGAAAUUAAAACAGAUAUUCCAGAACUACAGGAAACAAAAGACUCGUUAUCAGAAGUAAAAAAUGAUCAUUGUGAUAAAAUAAAACGAGAAGAUUUCAAAAUGGACUAUAGAGAUACAAAAAAAGAAAAGAAUUAUGAAAGUGAGAAACGCAAAGAGAAAGACAAGGAAUUAAAAAGAGAAAGAGAGAGGGAUAUUGAUAGGGAUGUAAAAAGGGAGAGAUCGAAACGAGACAAGGAUGGCGAGAGGUCGAAGAGGGAGAAGCAUAAAAGCGAGUCGAAAAGAUCAAAGAGGGAAAGAGACCGUGAGAAGGAGGGAACAAGAGAUAGUGAACGACAUAAGAAGAAAAAGAAACAUAACAAGGAGGAAUUAAUGGAGACUGAAAUUAUAUCUUUAGAAGAUAAUUCAGAUGAGAUGAUUGACUUGACUGGCGAUGUUUCUGAUGCCAAGGGAGAAAGUGAGACUGAAGUGGACGCCAGCAAGCAGCAUGACCGACGGCGGAGAGCGGCCGAGUUCCUGAAGAAGGUGGGAGUAGACCCCGGCGCGGCGCUGUGCAACACAUCCCUUGCGAGCGCCAUGGUGGACACGUUAGAAUCAAUACGAAAGAAGAAGGCAGAAGAAGAGGAAAAGAGACGCAGAAGAGAUAAGCGGAGACGACGGCGUGAAUAUGACGAGGAAUCAGAACGUCGGCGCAAAAGGCGACGAAAGGAAAGAUCGUCAGAUGAAGAUGCGUCCGAUUACGAGAGCUCGAAGAGAAGACGACACAAGAAAGAGAAAAAACAAUCAAAGGACAAGAAGAGAAGACGCGGUUCGAUGUGUUCUGAAGAAGACCAGCCAAUGAGCAUUGAUCUCACGAACACCUUGAAAGAAUUGCGGAACGUCUCGCCGACCAGGGCGUUGGAGUUGGAUGCCGGGAGAGCGGCUUCGGACGACGACGGAGAAGUUAAACGGGAGAAGAAGAAAGAGAGGGAGUACAGUGAAGGGGAGUGGUCUAGCGAUAGUGAUGAGGAUUCUUUGACUUCAUUGAGCCAAUGAGUUGAGAUAAGAAAAAUGAUCGAAUUAAGUUCAUUAAUAUUUUGUAAUGCACUAUUUUUUUGUGACAAUAUAGACGGGAUGGGCAGGAAUUUUAUCUGAUGGUAGUUGAUACGCCUUGCACAUUACAAUGCAGUGCCGCUCAUGAUUCUUGAAAAACCCAAAAUUUCUGAGCGGCACUACAAUUUACCUGUAUUAUUCACCUUGUCACCAGGAUUCCGACUUCCUCGGGACUUUUACACAGUGCCUAAAAAGCUCUAAUAAUCAAAAGGAUAGGGGUAAAUGUGUGUGUGUGUGUAUGCAUGACCGUGCUAACCAUUCAAGACCUCCAAAAGAGACACACACAGAGGGAGUGUGACAGUAGUCUUGCAAAAGGAGCCAUUCGUGUGCAGUUGAUCGACAUUUGUACAUGUUUAGACCAUACAUACAUAAUACCUUAUGGAGCUUAUUGUACUGCAGAAACAGAAAGAAUCUGCGGCUAAAUGAUGUCCUUACCUUCGUAGAUAUAGCGGCAAGUCGACCCUGGCCUAAACUCUGUUAAAGGGUGCUGUUUGAUAACAAUAGCCAAUAUGAACGUAUCAAUAUCCUUUAGUUUUACGAAUUAAAAUGUGCAUUUUUCGAUGCUAUUAAGCUCGGCAACGGUCUUAUGAUUACUUCAAGUGACCCGCAUGUAUACUCUUCCAUAAAAAAGUACAAAUCCGGAACGUCUUCGUAUCUGUAGGUAGCAAAUAGUUCGGAUAAAACUCAUUUCAAAAUGGCCGACACGUGCAUAAUAUGGCAUUCUCGAAGAUGUCACUAUCACCUGUUAUUGUUAUAUCAUUAUUUUUUGUUUAUUUUAACGAGUAGGUGAGGCGAUUGGCUUUAAUCCAAAACAUAUAUAGCAAAACAUCAUUUUUAAAUUCCGCAAUGUCACAAGAAUAAACUAGGUUUUUGGUUAUGAACAAAUUUCAUAAUGUAGGUUAAUCCUCCAUUUUGUAAAGUCUGUAAGUGUCACGUGUUUUAUUUUGUUUUACGGAAACUUUCUAUGUUGAUUAAAUUAUUCCAUUUUUUAUAAGCGUUUAUGGCUAAGUAGACUUUAAGGGUCGUUUAUAUAUAUGUAUGAGUUCAUACCCAGGUGUUUUUAAUCUAAUAUCUCAUGAUUACCAGAAGAUAACCUAAAAAGUGUAUAUUUUAUGUAAUUAUACAUUAUUAAAUAUUGAAAAAUAUAAAUUUUAAAUUUUAAGGACCUUAAAUAGUUUAAUAUUUUUUUGAAUGAUUCAGAAUAAAAUUAUUGUAUCUGUUUUUUACUACCAAUAUGUCAAUGCGGCCAAAAACGGCCACUCGCAUGUACUGUAACUGUAUAAAAUAAUUAAGAUAUUAAAGAUUUAUAUGAUA